AUGAAAAGGCUGUCAAACCGUCUCGGUGAUUUCUUUCUUUCUAUGAUGCCCGUUUUGAAGUCUUACGAAAUUGCCAAUUUAAAACAACCAUCUUCAAAACCUAUUGUUGAUGAAUCAAUCCCUGGUUCGUCCAACCAUUCUACCAGACCUAAACGUAGGAAUAAUGCCAUUUUGUUGAUGUAUUCAGGUUGGGGUUAUUACGGUAUGCAAAGAUGCCCUGUUUUUCCAACUAUUGAAGGAGAAUUGUCUAAAGCUCUAUUUACUUGUGGUCAACUCGAUAAUCUGACAGGUGAAGAACAUAAAAGAGUUCAUUUUCAACGUGCAUCUAAAACUGACAAAUCCGUUUCCGCUCUUGGACAAGUUUGUUCCAUGCAAUUACACGAAGACACAGAUUUAUUAAAUAAAUUAAACAAAGCCCUACCUGAAAAUAUUCGUGUUCUUGAUAUUAUUCGCGUAACUCGUGGGUUUUCUUCAUACGGUUCGUGUACACAUCGAAUUUAUGAUUAUCUAUUACCUACAUUCGCCUUAUCACCUGCUACUUCAUUAUUAAACGAUUCCAAUUGUUGGACUUAUCGUUUAACAGUUGAACAAAUUACACAUGUUAAUCGUUUACUUGAAAAGUAUAUGGGUACUCAUAAUUUUUAUAAUUUCACUUCAGGAAGACUUGCAACGGAUAGCAGUUGUAAUCGAUAUAUUAUAUCAGCCAAAUGUAUGUCAACAUUUUUACUCGGUGAGCAUCAAUAUACUAUUAUACGUAUUACUGGUCAGUCGUUUAUGCUGCAUCAAAUACGUAAAAUGAUUGGUUUAGCAUUAGCUGUUCUACGUGGUUAUGCAACGGAAGCAGUAUUUGAUAUUGUGUUCAGUAAAGAAAGAGUGCCCUCACAACACAACUCGUAUUCUGGGUAUUAUUGAGGGAACAAAAGGAUACUUGCAGAAUUAGUCUGAAGUAAACACGCACCUAAACGGGUCAGUAAAAUUUGAAGUCAAUCAAGGAAAGCAAACAUAAAUUAUUCGUUUUUAAGUGUACUUUCUUUAUUUUCCCUAUAGCCAUGAAUAGUUUUUUGGGAUGUUCAUUAUCGCCUACUAUUUCAUUACUAACAAAUUCACUGAAAAUGUGAUGAGACGGAGUUGUAGACAAACCAUUGUUUUCUCCAUGUUUAUAUGAAGAAGUCUUAUGUUGAAAUCAUUACAUGUUCUGCUAUUCUUACCUCUCCAACUCGUUUCCCAUUUACUAAUUUUUUUCUGACUGCACUGUAAAGAAUGUAAUCUAAAACAAAACUCGAAGGUAUGUAGGUAUCAGUACCAUGGUUUGACAUGAUAAUUUCAAAUAAACUAAACAUUGGGUGGUUUAUUAUUGAUUAGAAUGAAAAUACACUAUUGACAUCCCAAGUUGUGUAAAAAUUAAAAUUUCUGACAUUUUGUAACUCAGUGGAACCCUCUUCUUCAGAGAAUAGAAAAGGAAUAUAUAUAAUAUUCAU